AUGUUACCACGAUUCCUGACCUCCUCCUAUCCAAUGGAGCACCAUUAUUUCAUGGUGCCAAAGUUUGCAUUAUCGCUGAUUGGAUUUUAUCCCGAACAGAAGCGAACUGUUUUGGUGAAACUGUGGAGUUUCUUCAACUUUUUCAUCCUCAUCUACGGCUGUUAUGCAGAGGCUUACUAUGGUAUACACUAUGUAUCGAUUAACAUAGCCACUGCAUUGGAUGCCCUUUGUCCUGUGGCCUCCAGCAUUUUGUCGCUGGUUAAAAUGGUCGCCAUUUGGUGGUACCAAGAUGAAUUAAGGAGUUUGAUAGAGCGGGUGAGAUAUUUAACUGAGCAACAACAGAGAUCGAAGAGGAAGCUGGGCCAUAAGAAGAGGUUCUAUACGCUGGCAACGCGACUGACCUUCCUGCUACUAUGCUGUGGAUUUUGCACUAGUACUUCCUAUUCCGUCAGACAUCUCAUGGACAAUAUCCUGAGACGCGCCCAUGGCAAGGACUGGAUCUACGAGACUCCCUUCAAGAUGAUAUUCCCCGAUCCUCUCCUGCGUCUGCCACUCUAUCCCAUCACCUACAUCCUCGUGCAUUGGCAUGGCUACAUUACUGUGGUUUGUUUUGUCGGCGCGGAUGGUUUCUUCCUGGGAUUCUGUUUGUACUUCACUGUUUUGCUGCUCUGCCUGCAGGACGAUGUGGGUGAUUUACUAGAGGUUGAAAACAUCGAAAAGAGUCCCUCCGCAGCGGAGGAGGCUCGCAUAGUUCGGGAAAUGGAAAAACUGGUGGACCGGCACAACGAGGUGGCCGAGCUGACAGAAAGACUGUCGGGUGUUAUGGUGGAAAUAACACUGGCCCACUUUGUUACCUCGAGUUUGAUAAUCGGCACCAGCGUGGUGGAUAUUUUAUUAUUUUCCGGCCUGGGAAUCAUUGUGUAUGUGGUCUACACUUGUGCCGUAGGUGUGGAAAUAUUUCUAUAUUGUCUAGGAGGAUCUCAUAUUAUGGAAGCGUGUUCCAAUCUAGCGCGCUCCACAUUUUCCAGCCACUGGUAUGGCCACAGUGUUCGGGUCCAAAAGAUGACCCUUUUGAUGGUGGCUCGUGCUCAACGAGUUCUCACAAUUAAAAUUCCUUUCUUUUCCCCAUCAUUAGAGACUCUAACCUCGAUUUUGCGCUUUACUGGAUCUCUGAUUGCCCUGGCAAAGUCGGUUAUAUAA